AUGCGAGGAGCCACCAUCAAAGACUCAGACUCUACACAAGGAGCCACCACCAAAGAUUCACACCAAGACUCUACACAAGGAGCCACUAACAAAGAUUCAGACUCUACACGAAGAUCCACCACCAAAGAUUCAGACUCUAUGCGAGGAGCCACCACCAAAGGUUCACAUUUAGACUUUAUGCGAGGAGCCACCACCAAAGAUUCAGACUCUCCGCGAGGAGCCACUACCAAAGGUUCACAUUCAAACUAUGCGAGGGACCACUACCAAAGAUUCAGACUCUCCGCGAGGAGCCACCACCAAAGAUUCAGACUUUCCUCGAGGAAGGAGCCACCACCAAAAAUUCAGACUACACGAGAAACCACCACCAAAGAUUCAGACUCUACACGUGGAUCCACCACCAAAGAUUUAGACUCAAACUCUAUGCGAGGAGCCACCACCAAAUAUUCAGACUCUCCGCGAGGAGCCACCACCAAAGAUUCAGACUCUACACGAGGAGCCACCACCAAAGAUUCAGACUAUGCGAGGAGACAACAACCAAAGAUUCACACGAAGACUCUACACGAGGGACCACCACUAAAGAUUCACGCUUAG